AUGGGGGACGCCCCCCACCCCCCCAGGGAGCCCCCCCCCACCACCGGGGGUCCCAUUCUGGGGGGGGUGGGGGGAUCCCUGGGUCCCCCCCCGAACUCCUGGGUCCCCUUUGGGGGGGGGGCGGGGGGGGCAGGGGGGUGUCCGUCCACGGGAGGAGCUGCCUUUCCCGCCCCACCGCCAGGGGGCGCUGCGGGCCGCGCGGCGCCGCUCUAUUGCUCCCAGCUCUAUGGUUCCCCCGCGAGACACGAGCCCCGCCUCCUCCCCGGCGCCAGCCAAUGGCGCGGGGCGCCGCGCGCAUGCGCGGACCCGGAGGCGGGGUAUCGCGCAUGCGCCCCGUGCCCCGCCCCACGUGUCUGUCUCGAGCCGCGGCAGCAGCAGGCAUGGCCCCCCCCGAGACCCCCCCCCCCGCUGCUCUUCCUCCCGCCCCCCCCCCGCCGACGCCCCCGCCAGCCGGGUGCUGAUCGUGGCCCGUUACGGCCCGCGGCCCCCCCGCAUCGAGCGCCUGGAGACGGGGGGGGCCCUGCCGGGGGGGCUGCGGCCCGGCGCCCCCCUGCCCGCCCUGCGCACCCCCGGGGGGGCCUUCCUCGCCGGCGCCGGCCCCGCCGCGCUCUUCCUCAGCCCCCCGCGCUGCUGGGGGGGGCCCCCCCCGAGGCCGCCCUGGUGCGGCAGUGGGUGGCCUUCGCCGAGGGGGAGCUGGGGCCGGCGGCCGCGCUGCUGCUGGGGGGGCCCCCCGAGGGGCGGGACCGUGCGGGGGAGGAGCUGCGGCGGGGGCUGGGCGCCCUCGAGACCCACCUGCGGGGCCGCACCUUCCUGGUGGGGGAGGGGGUCACCCUGGCCGACGUCACCGUCACCUGCGCCCUGCUGGCGCCCUUCCAGAGGGUGCUGGACCCCCCCGCCCGCGCCCCCUUCCCCAGCGUCACCCGCUGGUUCCUGACCUGCGUCAGCCAGCCCCAGUUCCGCGCCGUGCUGGGCGCCGUGGGGCUCUGCGGGGACGGGGUGGCUGCCCCACGGCUGGAGCUGGAGCCCCCGGGGCAGGACGCUGUGGGGCAGGCCGCCAUGGGGCAGGAUGCCAUGGGGCAGGACGCCGUGGGGCAGGACGCCGCCCCCCCAGCCAAGAGCGCGGCGCAGCUGAAGAAGGAGGCGAAAAAAAGGGAGAAACUGGAGAAAUUCCAGCAGAAACUGGAAAAAAACCGCGAGCAGCAGGCGAAGGCGAAGGCCCCGCGGAAGGAGCGCCGGGAGCCCGGGGUGCUGCGCUACGACCUGCCCACCCCCCCCGGGGAGAAGAAGGACGUCUCGGGGCCGCUGCCCGAGUCCUACAGCCCGGCCUACGUGGAGGCGGCCUGGUACAGCUGGUGGGAGCGCCAGGGCUUCUUCCGGCCCGAGUACGGGCGCGGCAGCGUGGCGGAGCCAACCCCCCGCGGGGUGUUCGCCAUGUGCCUCCCCCCCCCCAACGUCACGGGCUCCCUGCACCUGGGCCACGCCCUCACCUGCGCCAUCCAGGACAGCCUGGCCCGAGGCAGCGCAAUGCGGGGGGCGACGACGCUGUGGGCGCCGGGCUGCGACCACGCCGGCAUCGCCACGCAGGUGGUGGUCGAGCGGCGGCUCUGGCGGCAGCGGGGGCUGACGCGGCACCAGCUGGGCCGCGACGCCUUCCUGCGGGAGGUCUGGCGCUGGAAGGAGGAGAAGGGCGACCGCAUCUACCAGCAGCUGCGGCGCUUGGGGGCCUCCCUCGACUGGGACCGGGCCUGCUUCACCAUGGACCCUAGCAUGUCCCGGGCCGUGCGCGAGGCCUUCGUGCGGCUGCACGAGGGGGGGCUCAUUUACCGCAGCACCCGCCUGGUGCACUGGUCCUGCGCCCUCAAGUCGGCCAUCUCCGACAUCGAGGUGGACAAGAAGGAGCUGGGGGGGCCGGACGCUGCUCGGGUGCCGGGGUACGAGACCCCCAUCGAGUUCGGGGUCCUGGUGGCCUUCGCCUACCCCCUGGAGGGGGGACGGUGGGGGCAAGAGGUCGUCGUGGCGACCACCCGCCUGGAGACGAUGCUGGGGGACGUGGCCGUGGCCGUGCACCCCGAGGACCCCCGCUACCAGCACCUGCGGGGGCGCCGGGUGCGGCACCCCUUCACGGGGCGGAGCCUCCCCAUCCUGCACGACGCCUUCGUCGACCCCAAUUUCGGCACCGGCGCGGUAAAGGUCACCCCCGCCCACGACGCCACCGACUUCGAGGUCGGGCGUCGCCACGGGCUGCCCUGCCCCAGCAUCAUCGGCGACGACGGGCGGCUGCUCAACGUGCCCCGCCCCUUCCUGGGGCUGCCGCGGUUCGGGAGGCGCGCGGCCGUGCUGGAGGCGCUGCGGGAGCGGGGGCUCUUCCGGGGCGUCACCGAGAACCCCAUGGUGGUGCCCAUCUGCAGCCGCUCGAAGGACGUGGUGGAGCCGCUGCUGAAGCCGCAGUGGUACGCGUGCCAGGGGCUGGCGCGGGGGGCGGCCGACGCCGUGCGCAGGGGGGAGCUGCGCCUGCACCCCCCCGGCCACGCCCGCACCUGGUUCCAGUGGAUGGACAACCGCAGGGACUGGUGCAUCUCGCGGCAGCUCUGGUGGGGCCAUCGCAUCCCCGCCUACUUCGUCACCAUCGACGACCCCAACGUCCCCCCCGGGGAGGACGGCGACGACCGGUACUGGGUGAGCGGCCGCAGCGAGGAGGAGGCGCGGGAAAAAGCGGCCCGAAAGUUCGGGGUGGCCCCAGAGCGCGUCAGCCUGCGCCAAGACGAGGACGUCCUGGACACCUGGUUUUCCUCCG